AACAGAAGAGACAGUGACUUAUCUGUACUAGUAGCUCCCUAUCGUCUCGUAUGUUAUAGUUAGGUUGUAUUUAAAUUGGUAUUGUUUUAUUGUUAAUAUUAUGACAGUAAUGUGUUAUUAACACGGAAAUGACUACCAAUCCAAUACCAUUUUAAGAUGCAUAACGUUUGGAUAUUGUGGUUGUUUGCAGCAGCGGCAUUUGUGGCUGUCGCUUGUGACGACCUCGACGACUUUCCUUUGGAUAGUGGCGGUAACGACGAUGUGACAGAUAAUGACGAGUCUCCUGAUACCACAACAGUAGAAGGUGAAAUGUCCAUGUCCAAUCUCGAUAUGGACGAUGUACCGUCGGAUGAGUCUGUAAAUAUGGCAGAUCGAAAAUCCGACAGUAUGCAAAAACUUGUACAGUCAGCGAUGCGGAAACCGGGUAUGAAGGAACGAUUGGCUCAAGUCGUGCCGAUCAUCAAGGCUAUGACCCCAGCACAACGGCUUGCACUCGCCGGCAUGGUGAUGGGUAAGGGCCAAUCGCAGAACCUAAACAACAAGGUGCUGAACGCGCAACUGCUGUUGCCUAUCAGCCAAGACAUAGCGGCUAUGCUGAGGAACGGCCAGCCAGCCUCGGGCGGCAGUGGUUCGUCGGCUAGGGCGUCAUCCGGUUACGGGUCUUACCAUUUGUCCGUUCCUCCUAAUCGCCUCCGAAUGCCGAAUACGUUGAUCCGCCGGUUUCCGCAGCGGAUUAUUGAACGACCAAGUAUGAAGAGACCCUACUCGCCACCUGCAACUGUACUCAGACAACCCAGCAAGGUACCGGAAUCGCCGCCUACCUCCGAAAGCCCACUGGAUGACUGCGACUUGUUUGGUGAUAACAUUUGUCUAAACGUUCAAGCAUAUCCCGACCUGGAAAUUAUCGAAAGCAUCGAAGAUACAGUCAAUAGUAGAGCUGCAUUUCAAGCAUUAAUUAAAGAUCCUAAGUAUAAUAUUUCUGAUUCUUUCGAUGCAAAUAUAUCUGAAAGAAGAAUUGAUGGUAAUCCCGAGGUUGCAAUUUGUCAAAGUAAAGUAGCAAUGGCAAGACCAAAAAAAGCUCGAUCUACAAACGGUCAAUGGAAAUACGUAGUGAACACUGAUGAGUAUGUCCAAACUCUACGACUUGAAAAAUGCUUGAAACCUGAAACUAGAUGUUCUCAUGUCUCGACAAAAUUCAAAUCUACAUGCCAUCAGGUGUAUAAUUAUCAUAGGUUGCUUACUUGGGACCAAUUUUCUGGAUUGACGAUGGAUAUAUUUAAGGUGCCUACGUGUUGUGCUUGUCAUAUCCAAGAACUGAAUCCACUAGCUCCAGAUAACUUCGAGUCACAUAACUCCGUUGCAGACGAUCAACAUACCCUCCCUUCAAACACUAAUCAAAAAAAGUUAGCACCUCAUAAACGAGUACAACAAACUACUAGCCCUUCCCAAUAUACUACGGUGCAUGAAACACUCCCUGCUAAAUACCCGCCAGUAACUAGGAGACCAUACAAGAAAAACCAGAAUAAAUUGACAACUCAAAACACUCCGACUGAAUCACCAGAUCCAUAUCAAACUACUAGGACCAAUUAUAACUAUCACCCGAUCAUGGAAUAUUUUGUUUCUCCACAACCAUCAUCACCACCCGAAGUGCGGAAGCAGGACCUUAUACAACGCAAAGCCGAUUUGAUGGCUCCCAAUACUGAAUUCAAAACGCCUAGCAACGGCUGGACUCCUAUGGCCGAAGAGUUUGGCCCGAGACAUUUGAAAUGAUUUCUAUAUUGUAUUAAUUUAUUUGUUUAUUUAUUUAUAUUUUAAUAUUAAAGUUUUAUAUUCAUAA